CCGGCUUGAACAUGUACAACCAAGAACUACGCCUCGCGACUUUUCUAUCACCAAGACUAUAAUCAACCUCAACACUUCGCCAUUACCCAAUCGAAGAUCUUUGCACACUCCAUAAAUCAACCAUCAACAUGCGCACCUCAUUUGUAACUCUCCUGCUCGCAUGCAGCAGCUACACUGCGCUCGCGUUGCCCUCGCACGGUAGCCUCGCUAAGCGAUCGUGCGAUGCCAACGUCUGUAUUGUCCAGUGUAUUGCCCAGGGCUUCCAAUCCGGCAUGUGCGCCAGCGAGAACACCCCCUCCCUGCAACUCCUGGGCCUCGAGCUCCUCGGCCAGGCCUUGCCUGGCUGCAUGUGCAUCCCCACGAACAGCGGCUCCAGCGGCGCCACCAACGCCGCCAACGCCCCCGCCGCCAAUGCGCCGGCUGCCACGACGACCACCACUGCUACUCAGCUCCAGCAGUAAACCCCCCGGCCCCGAGCACCGUCACCAGCACCGCCACCGUCACCAGCACCGCCACCGUGACCACGACUGCCACCGAGACGGAGACGGAGACGGAGACAGAAACAGAAACAGAAACGCAAACGCGCACACAAUUCAACACUCGCACCAUCACCCACUCUGCCCCUACCGCCACAACAACUAGUACUACCUCCAAUGCAAAUGCAGCGGCUGCUCCUGCGGCCGCGGCCGCCGUUCAGACC